AAUAUUAACAUAAUUUUUACAUAUUAUCUUACUGGAAUAGCAUAUUUUGUAGAUAAUGCAUUUUUUUUAUUGUUUGUGAGUGUGGGUUUGUCAACCGUGGGCAGGAUAUGUGCGCUGGGCGAUGGCUUGACUAUAUAAUGUUUGGGGGAACUAUGUAUUAUUCAAAGCUCACAGCAUCACCCAGAUCUUACUUUCAUUCUUGCCGACUCUGACUGAUUUUCUCCACACAUUACAAGAUUCAAUUCAGCGUGGUCAUUGCACUGACACAGUGUUGUACAAAAAAACCCAAACUAAGGCCAAGUCUCCGGUGCAGUACAACUAGAACGAGAAAGAGCAUGGACAGCAGAUGUGACCAAGCUGGCCUGAGGACUGAUGUGGUGGAACCGGAUUUGGUGGCUGAAGCGGAACAUGAACUGAUAGCUUUAGUUCUGGCUAGGGCUCUUCUCUCCGCUCUAGAACACAGAGGAGAACCAAGCAGGGAACUCCAGACAAGUGUACCACAGAAGGACUUGACGAAGGAAGAACUGAAAAUAUUAUUUGAAAAUCUUGGUCCAUACAGCAACAUCUUAAAUGCAAGUGGUGCAAAACUGCUGAUAUAUUUGUACAGCUGCUUUCAGAAAUUCAAAUGGUUACAAGAAACAAUAAAAACAAUCUCCUCUGCAAUCAGAUUUCUCAACAUCAUUCGCUACUUCUACAAAAACCUUGUUCAGGCGAAACAUGGACGUGUACUGAGCGGAGAACUGCACAUCGUGCUGGUGGGUGAGGGCAGCUUCAAUAAUCAGGUUUGCCCUGCUGAAUUGCUCAUACCUGGAGAUUCCAUCACUGACACGAUCCUCUACUCUCCGUGGAACUGCAGCAUCGAUGCCAAUGUUGCUUACGGCAUCGCAACGGGAGACCUUCAGCUCCAACAUCGACACUUCUGGAACAACCAGGCAAUGGAGCAGCAGCAGCCGCAAGUCCCUGACCACUGGAACUCCAUCAGAGCUCAACACCAAGAAUUUGUUCCUGAAAUCAUCCUAGGCCCAAUUACUGCCAAUGCUGAUUUGAUAACGGCUUUAGCUGAUUGGAUUAAUCUGUACAAUCGCAAUCGCAUCAUCAUACCAUAUGCAGCAGGAGGUAAUCUUGCUCACUGGCUGCCAAGUGUUCCUUUAUACCAGAUAAUUGGAGCGAUUGCGGUCCUGCUCAAGAUCAUCCCGCCCCACAAAGCCACCAUUCACCUGGCUGCAGAUUUAGAGUAUGGAGAAGCUGCACAGCCAAAUGUGGAAAGGUUGAAUGCCCAGUACGUCUACACACCUGCCGGCACUGUGAUGACCACACAGAACAUGCAGUUCACUGAGUUUCCCAGGCUCUACGAUGUCUUUCGUACCAUAUUCAAUCCAGCACCCCCUCAGUAA